UUAAAAUGUAUUAUUUUGGAAGAAAACUCACAGUUUCCUGAUCAGUUCCAGCCAUACUCAUAGUCUCCAUGGCUCGAAGCUUUGUUCUAUGGCUUCAUGGGUUGGAUGACUCUGGCCCUGCCAAUGAACAUAUCAAGGCCCUCUUCACUUCAUCUGAGUUCAGAAACACUGUCUGGUCCUUCCCUUCUGCUCCUCCCAUCCCAGUCACCUGCAAUAAUGGUGCCAUCACACCUUCAUGGUUUGACAUUCAUGAGAUACCUGUGACAACUGAUUCUACUAAAGAUGAAAAUGGCGUGCUUAAAGCAGUUAAGCAUGUGCAUGCAAUGUUAGACAAGGAGCUUGCUGCAGGCACAAAUGCUAAUAAUGUAUUUGUAUGUGGAGAGAGUCAAGGAGGUGCUUUGACCUUAGCAAGUGUUUUGCUAUACCCAAGAACUCUAGGAGGAGGUGCAAUCUUUAGUGGAUGGGUUCCUUUUAAUUCGUCUAUAAUAGAACAAAUCCCACCAGGGUCAAAGAAGACACCCAUUCUGUGGUUGCAUGGUAUGGCUGACAGAACAGUAUUGUUUGAAACUGGACAAGCAGGUCAGCAUUUCCUUGAACAAGCUGGCGUAAGUUGUGAGUUUAAGUCUUAUCCUGGUCUCGGCCAUUCAAUAAGCAAUGAGGAGUUGCAAGACCUAGAGUCAUGGAUCAUCACUCAUCUUCAGAGGUCUUUGGUCUGUUUGGAUGGAAAGAGAAUGGUAUUGGAUAUGGUCUGCAGCCCAACUCCUUUGAAAUCUAGCCACCAUGGAAGAACAGCGAUGGACCUUAUAACAGUGUCAACAAAACCAAUUGCUCUCCUUACAAUCACCUUAGGUAGCACCAUUUUCUUCAUACUUAUCCUCCGGCCGCAUACAUUUUCUCCAAAGCCAGACUCCAUGGCUCGAAGCUUUGUUUUGUGGCUUCAUGGGUUGGGUGACUCAGGCCCUGCCAAUGAACCCAUCAAGACCCUCUUCACUUCUCCUGAGUUCAGAAACACCAUAUGGAAAUUCCCUUCUGCUCCUUCAAACCCAGUCACCUGCAAUUAUGGUUCUGUCAUGCCUUCCUGGUUUGACAUUCAUGAGAUACCUGUGACAGCUGAUUCUCCAAAAGAUGAAAAUGGUGUACUUAAAGCAGUUCAGAAUGUGCAUGCAAUGAUAGAUAAGGAGCUAGCUGCAGGCACAAAUCCUAAAAACAUAUUUGUAUGUGGAUUCAGUCAAGGAGGUGCCUUGACCUUGGCAAGUGUUUUGCUAUACCCAAGAACUCUAGGAGGAGGUGCUGUCUUCAGUGGAUGGGUUCCUUUUAAUUCAACCAUGAUAGAACGAAUGCCAGCAGAUGCCAAGAAGACACCUAUUUUGUGGUCACAUGGUAUGGCUGACAGAACAGUAUUGUUUGAAGCUGGACAAGCAGGUCCUCCUUUCCUUGAACAAGCUGGUGUAAGUUGUGAGUUUAAGGCUUAUCCUGGUCUGGCUCAUUCCAUAAGCAAUGAGGAAUUGCGGUACCUAGAAUCAUGGAUCAAAACUCGACUUCAGAGUUCUUCGUAGAGGUUUGUCUAGAAUGACAUUGCUGUCUACUGUUAUCAAAGCUCCUUGCGCUUGAGCUGUUAUUGGAUGAUUAAUAUGGAUGAGACUUGAUAUAUCACAUAUUCUUAUGGUAUACAUAACUCUGGAAGGAGGGAGGCCUUUCUUUUAGCUUUUUCAACUUUUGCCCAGUUGUAAUUUAGCUUUAUCAUGAACUUUCUGCAAACACACAAUUAUACUUUUGCUCAUGCAGGAAGCAAAUACUCUUUCCCCCAACAAUCUUUGUGCUUUGGCUAAUGUAAGAAGCACCCUUUUUAUUCUA